AUGACACCAGAUGACAUGGGGGAUCUGGGGUCUGCUACGGGCCAAGAGCUCCUCGAAAAACUCAUCAAGGAAGGUCUCACACCCUCGGGCCAAGACGCCGACCCAUCAAAGUAUCGCAAAUUGGUGCAAGUCUUAUUUCAGAAUUGCAUCCUCAAGCCAAUAGCUCGUAAUACACCCCCCAAUGUCCAACAAGCCAGCUACACUCUCACAAUCCUCCAGCGUCAGACCAAGAUACAUCCUGGUCUGCUAUACACCACGACAGAGCAAGAUUCUACUCCCUUCUACUACUGGUUACUUCCAAAAUUGGUUCAUGCCGCAGCGCAGCUUGGUCAAGAUGCCUUAUAUGACGACUUGCUGACUUCGAUGGUCGCUGCUCUGGUGGCUAUAGGUAGGAAUCUCUCUGUGGAUGAUGUGAGCUGGGCGAAGGGGUCUAGGAGAUUGGGGGUGGUGAUCGGCCAUAUGAACAAUUUUUGUCAAGUUCUCUUCGGCCAUUCGGAUCUGCCUCAGACUCCCAUCACCCUUAUAUUCGUUCUUUCUUUUGUCUUACGAUCACGUCUUCCAUUCUCCGAUCACCAUCUUUCGACCGCUUCGUCCCUCUUAUCCCAGACUAGCCGUCUCGUCAACACGCCAUCAUUGCAAAUCAGAUAUACCGAUGCUGUGACUGCUGCAUGCGCCUUGCCACGCCCGUUUGCAUUGACCAAAGGCUGCCUCUUCAUCUCUUCUCUCCCCAACCAACCCGACCACGCAUGGCGAGAGCGAAUGCGCUUAUUUUACGAAACCUUAUGUGUUUCCGACCCUGCUCUUCGGCUUGAAUUGUGGUGGUCACUCUACCCACAUCAUAACGAACUGGACGCUCAAGAUGAUGUGGAUUUUGCCAAAAUUUGCUUCCUAGUUUCUCAAGUGACUCCAAGUAUAACCACCGGCAUGAUGCGACAUCUGAUUCAACCAGAGACGCUCAAUCGCUGGAAGGAAGCGGCGCAGAAGGAUAACAUGAGGCUAGAAAAAUUGGAUAGGAAUCCUCGAUUGACCAGUCCGCCAACAUCAAAGAAGAGGAAGAGAUCUGAGGGAGAGGAAGAGAGAUCUGCUCAGCUCGUUCGACAGAUAAUCACGGAUUUCGCUCCCCAAGACGAUCUGCUGGAGUGGCUUUUGGCGAGAGAGUGA